AUGUCAACUUUGACAAUAGAUGUUAACCUUUGGGGCCCGCCAUCAGAACAACUAGGUAGUGACUUGAAGAAUAUGCAUGCAUCUGGAACAUUUGUCAACCUUGCUGUUCAAAAUGCAAGGGUUGGUUAUUUCAAUGGAAAAGUCAUUAAUAUUUCAGCCUCAACAAAUUUUGAAAUUAACCCUUCUAUUCCUGAAGCAGACCCGCUUCGUUUAAGAGGCGCUGUACAACAAUGCCUUGAUCCGCACUCUUCGGCUGUCCAUAGUAAAAAUAAUAAAUAUCAAAGAAUGUCAAUUGCAUCCAUCCUACAACGUCUUAGCAUUAUGUUAGAAACCAUUGAGACUACUAUUACAGCUGUCUUGUGCUUCAUAAAGGAAGACCAGUUUUACUAUACAGCUUGCCCAUUACAGUUCAAUGGUAAAGAAUGUAAAAAUAAAUGUAGUAAAUUUGCUGAGAAUUUGUGGCUCUGCCCUAGGUGUCAAACACAAUUCCCUGAAUGUAAUUACAAAUACCUCCUGCAGAUGAAACUACAAGAUCAUACAAGAAGUGUUUGGGCUAAUGUAUUUGAUGAGGUUGGCACAAAACUCUUGGCUCUGUAUGCAAAGGAACUAUACAUACUACAAUAUGACUUAACAAUAGAAAAAACACCUCACAACAUACUUAAUAAAGCUAUGUUCAAGCACUAUAGCUUUACAACUUUGGUGUCUACUAACACAUACAACUCUGAGCGCAGAAUAAAAGUAACAAUCAACAAAGUGCAAAGGCUUGAUUUUGAAGUUGAGUCCACCGAUCUACUUGUAGAGAUUGCCAGAAUGGGUGCAACUGCAUGA